GUCGUAAAGGUGGAGGUUUCCUUGGACAUUUUGUCCUCUGCAAAUAGUACCAGUGGGAACUCAACACUGUGUCGCCAAUUGUUGAUUUUUUUAUUUCUUCUUGAUUUGCUUGUUUGAGCUAUCAUGUAGAUUGAGUCUUGAACACUUCGCCUGAACCUUGUCUUUGAGGAUGUUGACCGUGUGAGGUGGGUUAAAGUUAAGAGUUUGCAAAUUUAAUUUGGGGCCUCCGCCUCUGCAAAUAGGGGGAAGGUUCUGAUACAGCCUACUGGUAGUUCUCACAUCAAGUAGGCUGUUGGUUUUCCCGGCCCAAUAGAGGAACCUUCAUUUUGGUAAUCCCAACAUUUCAAUAUUUGCCACUUCAUCUUGGUAAUCCAAACAAUUCAUCUUUGCUACUGUUGUUUUUCCAGUAUCGAAUCCACUUUUUUCACCUGUCAUUUUGUAAAAUAAUCUGCUAGGACUUUAUCGUGAUUCAGCCUUUCCCAACAUUUUUUCAAGGAGUCACAGGGAUCUCUGCAGGCCAAAACCCUAGCUCCAAUGAAACAUUCAGCAUAGAUUUUGCACCUUGAGAAGGCAAAAAAUGGCAGAACUAGGGCGACAGACAGUCGAAUUCUCGACCCUAGUGCGUCGAGCAGCAGAGGAAUCUUUCGUCUUGUUUAAGGAUUUGGUGGAAAAUUCAAAAUCCACAGAGCAGUCUGACUCUGAAAAGAAGAUCAACCUCCUCAAAUACAUACUGAAAACUCGGCAGCGGAUGCUUCGGCUCAAUGUUGUUGCCAAAUGGUGCCAGCAGGUUCCAUUGGUUCAGUACUGUCAACAGCUUGCAUCUACUCUUUCAAGCCAUGAUACAUGCUUUACCCAAGCUGCUGAUUCACUGUUUUUCAUGCACGAGGGGCUGCAACAAGCACGUGCGCCUACUUAUGAUGUUCCAUCUGCUAUUGAUGUUAUGCUAACAGGAACUUAUAAUCGCUUACCAAAAUGUAUAGAAGAUGUGGGAAUACAGAACUCCCUAACUGAGGAUCAGCAUGAGCCAGCAUUAAAGAAGUUAGACACACUUUUGCAAACUAAAUUGCUUGAAGCUCAAAUCCCAAAAGAAGUUUCUGAAAUCAAAGUUUCUGAUGGUACCGCACUUCUACGUGUUGAUGGGGAAUUUAAAGUUCUCCUUACUCUUGGUUAUCGUGGACAUUUAUCACUUUGGAGAAUACUACAUUUGGAACUUCUUGUGGGUGAGAGAAGUGGGCUUGUGAAACUUGAAGAAUUGCGGAGGCAUGCUCUUGGAGAUGAUCUGGAACGCAGAAUGGCUGCAGUGGACAACCCAUUCAUGAUUUUGUACUCAAUUCUCCAUGAGCUGUGUGUGGCACUUAUUAUGGAUACUGUUAUAAGGCAAGUACAGGCUCUUCGUCAAGGAAGGUGGAAAGAUGCCAUUCGUUUUGAGCUCAUAUCUGAUGGGAUGGCUCAAGAUGGAGAACCUGAUUCUAUCGGUUUGAAAACUCCAGGAGUGAAAAUCAUUUACUGGUUAGAUUUUGACAAAAACUCUGGAGGGUCUGAUUUAGUUUCAUGCCCAUUCAUUAAAAUUGAACCUGGACAAGAUCUACAGAUGAAGUGUUUUCAUAGUACAUUUGUUGUAGACCCUCAUACUGGCAAGGAGGCAGAGUUGUCCCUCAAUCUAAGUUGUAUUGAUGUUGAGAAGUUGCUUCUGGGAGCUAUUUCCUGCCACAGAUACACACGCCUUCUCGAAGUCCAUAGGGAAUUGAGUAAAAAUGGUCAUAUUUGUCAGGCUGCGGGUGAUGUUCUUCUUCAGUGCUAUGCGGAUGAGUCUGAUGCUGACUUCAAAAGGAAAGAUAAUAAGUUCAAUGAUAGCGAAUAUGGAGGGGAUGAAGUAUUGCGUGUGCGGGCUUAUGGAUCAUCGUAUAUUACCCUUAGAAUAAACAUCAGGAAUGGGCGUUUUCUUCUCCAAGCUUCCAGAAAUAUUCUUGUGCUAUCUGCCUUGUUAGAUUGUGAAGAAGCUCUAAACCAGAGUACCAUGUCUGCAGCUGAAGUUUUUGUUAACUUGAGAAGCAGAAGUAUUUUACACCUAUUUGCAUCAAUUGGCAGGUUUCUAGGACUUAAGGUGUAUGAACAAGGUUUAGCUGCAGUUAAAAUACCCAAGACCAUCUUGAAUGGCUCAAAUGGCUCAGGUUUGUUGCUGAUGGGGUUCCCACAGUGUGGGAACUCUUAUUUUCUGCUGAUGCAACUUGAUAAGGACUUCAAACCACUUUUUAAAUUGUUGGAGACACGGCCAGAUCAAUCUGGAAAAUCCCAUAGUGGUGACUCCAAUCAUGUUAUACGCUUCAACAAGAUCGACAUUGGUCAGUUGCAAAUACUAGAGGAUGAAAUGAACUUGCGUCUUCUAGAUCGGGAACAGCUGCUUUCUUCGUUGCCUAAAGCUGUAGGCUCUAAUCAAACUUCCGAGCACAGCCUUCUUUCUGAGUUUGGUCUGGAGGCUUCUACUCCGUUUGUUGGAUGUCCUCAGUCAAGUUUUUCAUCUGUGGUAGAUGAAGUGUUUGAGCUUGAGAAAGGGACGUCAAUAUCUCCUUAUGAUGUUUAUACAAAUCAUUCUGCAUCAUUUGAUUCAUCUCCUGCUUCUAAUUUUAGCUCUGUUGUGAUGGUUAACCAAGGCAUAAAACCUGGAAUAUCCUCUCCUAAGUGGGAAGGAGGCUUGCAACUUCCUCAGAGUAAUACUGUUUCAAAAUCUUCUUCUGUUGGUCCCCAUUUUAGUAGCCCUAUAUAUCCAUCAAACAAUGUGAAGGGCGUAGUUCAAUCCGGUAGUCCAGGAAGAAGCCCAUCAAUUAAAAAACUAUCAACUUCGAAAUCUGAUCAAGAUUUGACUUCUCUUAGAUCUUCACAUUCAGUGGAAACCGGCCCUUGUUCUUCUGUGGAUGAAGAUCAGGUGAGGCUGUUGAAUGAGUCUUCAAGGGAUGCAGUAUCUGGCAGCCGUUCAGCACGAAUUUUAUCUCCGCUAGGACCGACUGGCUCCCGAGUGUCGACAAGCAUGAAAUCAAAUGGGGUUAGAAGUUCAGCUAACCUUGUUCCAUCUUCUAAGGCUACUGGAUCGAGCUUGUGGAAUACCAUCCCCGUAUGCCACACACCAGAAUCUGCGAGUUGUCAUAGUACUAGUCUUGAUGUCACACCUAAAAAUGAAGAUAACCCAAGAAAGCGUUCAGUUUCUGAUAUAUUGAAGUUCAUUCCAUCACUUCAAGGGGUGGAAUGCACUUCACAGUUUUCUAAGAGGAGGAAAAUUUCAGAAUCAGCUUCUAGUCGUCCUCCUGCAUCACAAGCACACAGUUCAUCAGAAGUAAUCUGUAAACCUACAUAUGGAAGUCUUUUAGCUGAAGCAAAUAAAGGGAGUGCACCUUCUAACAUAUAUGUUACAGCUCUUCUUCAUGUGGUCAGGCACUGCUCUCUCUGUAUCAAGCAUGCUCGACUUACUAGUCAGAUGGAUACCCUUGACAUUCCAUAUGUUGAAGAAGUGGGUCUACGAACUCCAUCAUCAAACUUGUGGUUCAGACUCCCAUUUGCCAUAGAUGAUUCGUGGCAGCACAUUUGCUUGCGACUUGGGAGACCUGGAACCAUGUAUUGGGAUGUCAAGAUAAAUGAUCAACACUUCAGGGACUUGUGGAAACUUCAGAAGGGCAGCAUGGAUACUGCAUGGGGUUCUGGUGUUCGUAUUGCUAAUACGUCUGAUAUAGAUUCCCAUAUACGCUAUGAUUCAGAGGGUGUUAUCCUUAGUUAUAGGUCUGUUGAGGAUGAUAGCAUUACAAAAUUAGUUGCUGAUCUACGAAGACUUUUUAAUGCUCGUUUGUUUGCUCUUGGAAUGCGGAAACUUCUUGGAGUAAGAGCAGAUGAUAAACUGGAAGAAAGCACUGCAAACUCUGACAGCAAAGCAUCUGUUAUAGCCAAAGGUGCUGCUGAGGUUGGCGACAAGAUAUCAGAACAGAUGAGGAGGCAAUUUAGAAUAGAAGCUGUUGGUCUUAUGAGUUUGUGGUUUAGUUUUGUUUCUGGGGUGGUGGCUCGCUUUGUUGUUGAGUGGGAAUCAGGAAAAGAUGGAUGCACGAUGCAUGUUUCUCCAGAACAACUUUGGCCACAUACCAAGUUCCUGGAAGAUUUCAUUAAUGGAGCUGAGGUGGCAUCCCUUUUGGACUGCAUUCGCCUGACUGCAGGACCAUUAUUUUCUCUAGCAGCUGCAACUCGACCUGCACGGGCUGGUCCUGCUUCUGGUGCCCCUAGUGUAACUGCUGGACUCUCUACUAUCCCAAGGCAGAAUGGUUUCAUACCAACUCAAGGAGUGAUGCCGAGCAGUUCAUCAUCAAAUGUAACUCAGGCUGCAUCUGCUGCUGUGGGGAAUUCCAUUACUAGUACGGUUAUGGGUCCUCUUGGGAGUCACAACCUUCAUCCCUCUGCAAUGUUGGCUGUUGCUGGGAGAGGUGGUCCUGGAAUUGUUCCUAGCUCACUGUUGCCCAUCGAUGUCUCUGUUGUAUUGCGUGGUCCCUACUGGAUACGCAUAAUCUACCGUAAACACUUUGCAGUUGACAUGCGCUGUUUUGCCGGGGAUCAGGUUUGGUUACAGCCGGCAACACCACCAAAGGGUGGGCCUGAGGUUGGGGGUUCUUUGCCAUGUCCACAGUUUCGGCCUUUCAUUAUGGAGCAUGUGGCUCAGGAAUUGAAUGGUCUAGAACCUAAUUUCUCUGGUAGCCAACAGACAGUUGGAAUUCUGAACUCCAGCAAUCCAAACCAAAGUUCAGGUUCACAGCUUUCAGCAGCCAAUGGAAGCCGUGUUAAUAUUACAGGUUCUGGUGCAAUAUCAAGAUCGACUCCAAUGGCUGGGAACCAGACAUCUGGCAUAAACCGUGUAGGCAAUGCUCUUUUGGCGUCCCAAAAUUUAGCGGCUCUCAACACAGGAUUACCUUUACGUAGAUCACCUGCCACUGUUCCUAUUCAUAUGAGAGGAGAACUCAACACAGCUUUCAUUGGGCUAGGGGAUGAUGGAGGCUAUGGUGGAGGAUGGGUUCCCCUUGUUGCUCUUAAAAAGGUUCUAAGAGGCAUUCUCAAGUACCUUGGAGUAUUAUGGCUCUUUGCUCAAUUACCUGCUCUUUUAAAAGAGAUUUUGGGGUCCAUUCUGAAAGAGAAUGAAGGGGCGCUUUUAAAUUUGGACCAGGAACAGCCAGCCUUGCGCUUCUUUGUAGGGUAAGGCCUAAAUCUUCUUUUCUGGCUUGUUACUGGA